GUAAGUCGGCAAUGGAGGCCGAAAAGGUUUCCCCCUUUUCUUUUCUACUUGGAGAAUGGCAAUAUUUCAUUUUUAAGUAUUGGAAAAUAGCAAUGGAUAUUAACUAAGAUAUUUUAAGGAUGAUCAGAAUUAAUUUUAUCUACAAAGUAUCUUGAAAUGAUUAGUAUCUAAUCUAAUGGUUCAAACUGCUAAAAGGGUGCAGGAGUGGAAGGCUGAGGUGUCGUUUUUUAUGUGCGAUGUUGGAAAAAGCUGUGGGGGCUACCCAUUCCUCCGAAAUUGAAAAUUUUUUUUUGGUAGUGCAUGAAGAGGAUCCUUCCGACUAUGGAAACCAUAAUUGAGAGGACAAGUAGAUUACCGGAGGAUUGUGAGCUUGACCCUGGUAUUGAUGGGCAUGGUGCGGCGGUGGACCCCAAGUGUCCGGUGUGCUGGGAACCGUUAAAGACAUUAGAACAUAUGUUUUUAUCUUGUCGGCUGGCAUUGGAGUUAUGGGAGAGGUCGGGUUUGGGGACAAGUAUGGUGAGGCAGCCUCCAGUGAAUUUUGCUUUGUUCCUUCGCAGAUUCUUUGAACAAGAGACCAAUGUAGAAAGGAUAAUUCGAUUUGUGGCAUUGCUGUGGAGGAUUUGGAAAAGUCGGAAUUGGGUGGUGUUUGAUCAGGUCCAGUUUGGGAUGAGUACAUUGGUGAGACAGUUUGAGGAGCAGGUUCGUGAGUGGUUGGCGCUGAUUGAGUCUGGUAAUUAUAAGCAGGUUCAGGAGCAGCAAGGGCGCGGUGAGUCUGGUGGGGUUAAGGGAUUGCAGCCUGCCAUGCCGUAUUGUUGUUUUGUGGAUGGUGCUGUUCUUGAUGGGUCUCAUGGAGCUGGGGGAAUGGUGGUGUAUGAUGGGUUGGGCAGGGUGUGUUUUGUUCAAGGUUUUCGGUAUGCAGGUUUGGUGGAUCCCUUUCUGGUCGAGUUGGUGGCGUUUCGUGAUGCAGUUCAGUGUCGCUCUUUGAAGGGCUUAGUUGAAGUGCAAUUCUGCGGGGAUGCGAAGGUGGCUAUUGACAAAAUCCAGACCAGGGAUGCUCGGGAUGUGAAAGGCGGGCGGAUUCUGGAAGAAAUUCGGAAGCUACGACAUUUCUACCAGCGCUUUGAGGUGGCAUUUGUUGGCAGAAGUAACAAUCGGGUGGCCCAUGAGGUGGUUAGGAAGACCCUUUCUUUGUUGCCUGCGAGUGUAGAUACUUUUGAUUUUUAUCGUUGGUUUGCUUUUGAGAUGUAAACUUUUCUAGCUGUUUGCCUUGGUAAUACAAGUGAUCUAUUGGUAAAAAAAAAAAAACUAAUUGUCAUAAUGGUUAAGUUUAGGUUGUCAAUUGUUUACGUUCUUCUUCUUUCUCGAUCUUCCCAUCUCUUCUCAAUACUUUAACUUCUCCUCUUCAAUUUCAGUUUUGCUACUCAUAACUCGCUGAAAUUAAAUUCAAUCAACUAGCGAGAUAAGUCUCUAUCAUGAUAGCAGUUAGUUGUGGCAUGACGUAGAACCAACAAAAGAGGGAAUAAAUUUCAAGAGACUCCUGGUUCUGUAGGUAUCAUAUUGUGCAAGCAAAAACUAAAGUUGUUAUUUACUAGUAUUAGAUUUAUGGAGAAGAACGACCUUAUCUCGCUAGCAAUGUUAUAUCCUUAGAUUAACCUAAGGUCUCGUUUUCCCUAUUGAUGCAAUGACACCACCUAGUAGGCAGAGACAACGGAGUUGCUGUGCAAGUAGUUCAACUAUGAAGAACCAUGUGAUUGGAAGCUUCAAAAUGCAUGGGGCUGAAUGGCAGCACUAGAAACAUUGUUUGUGCUGUGUAUGAGUUGAAAAUUUUGGUUUAUUGUUGUGAUGAAGUUGAAUAAUGUGGACGAGUAACUUGUCUGAUUUUAAAGAGUGUUGUGUUUAGUAUGAUGGAAUGGUUGCUCUUGCGUGGGUUGAUGGAGUUUAGCAAUGGUUUUGCUCUUCCUACUAUAAGAACUUGUUCUCUUAUUUAGAUAAGGUGUAGUUGUUAUAGCUUCCAAGCUUACUACCAAAUACCAAUGGGUCAUCACUGAUUUGUUUCACUGUUCUUUAGCAUUGUUGAGUCUUAGUAUUGUUGUUUGCUUCUUUAUUGUUUUCAAUAUGCUUAGAGGACAAGCCUGCUCCAAGGGUUCGGGCUUGUAAGUUGUAACCAUUAGGAGUUAGGACCUAAUUGUCAUCAUGGUUAAAUUUAUGUUAUCUUUUGUAAUUGGACCAGCCUAUAACAAUGAUUUGUGUUGUAAAUGAGAACAACGAAUAAAAGUACAUAAAUUUUGAACGCAUGAUCUUUAUAUUUUUAGUUUUUUUUUGGUUGUUGGUUACAAGACUCGAAUUCAAUUCAGAAUGUGUUGAAUGAUCUAACCCCACACUAUCACUAGGCCAAGCAUUGAGUUUUUAUCUUUUCGUAUUAGACAAUCGUUGGAGCCGAUUAGUUUUAUACUUUUUAAUCACACUCUUGUCCAAAAGUCUUUGUUAAUAUUUUUUUUAACGUGAACAAAAUACCAUGAAAAUCAUGAGUCCAUGGCUACGAGGUGAUGAUUAAUUGAAAACGCAUUGAAGGAGAUAUGUUUAUUACUAUUGGGAAGUGGUAUUGAUGAGGGUCGAGCCUGAGAUUUUGGAGGCCCUAUUCUGUAAACAAAAUGUGGUCCAAAUUAUUUUUUCUAAACAUGUAAUAAAAUACAAAUUAAACA